AUGGACAGCAACGACGAAGCCUACAUCCUCCUCUUGCUCUCCGAUGGGAACUUGCCUACCGGGGCAUUUGUGGCUUCCGCAGGCCUAGAGUCUUUUGUAACCCAUGGCUUCAUGACACCCUCAGGGGUCACGCCAGGGAGGAAGAAGGACAAGCUCGAGUAUACUAUCGAGUUCAUUCGCGACAACCUUACUUCUUACGCCAGAACUGCCUCGCCUUUUGUUUCGGAUGCGCAUGUACUCGUGCAGGAGGAAGUGGCCUUAGCCGCUGCUUCAGGUUUCGAGGGAUCUAUGGCGGACACCAUGCUCCGCCUUCAAGCUCUAGAUGGCUUAUACGAGGCGACAACGCUCAACCAUGUUACCCGGCGCGCGUCUAAGACGCAAGGUGUCGCACUUCUUUCGCUUUACUCGAAGGGCUUCACGAAACCCUCUGUCGUUCGAAGGACUGAGGACGCGCGUGAGAACGACAUAGACAUUCGACUAGGGUCUCUAGUCGAUGAGUUCAAGGUAGCCAUAAGGCGCGAGGAGACACACGGGCACCUGCCGAUAUGCUGGGGAGUUUUAACUGCGGCACUUGGUUUAUCUAUCGAACGAAGCCAGUUUUUACACCUAUUCUUAUGCGCUCGCGGAAUCUUAUCCGCCGGAGUACGCAUGAACAUUAUCGGUCCAUACGCUGCUCAGCAGCUGCUCCUGCAUGCUGUGAAACCGCUGGUCACAGAAGAGGCCAAACGAUGUGGCACCCUGCGCACAGGGCUGAAACGAAGAUCAGAGAACAAAGAUAUUGACUCUGACCCAUUUGACGGAGAUAUCCUGACCUACAACGGUCCUGCGAGUACGUGGCCUCUGGGGGAGAUACUUGGGGCAAGACACGACUUGCAACAUUCUAGGGUUUUUAAUAGCUGA